AUGGCGUUGAGAUUAGCCGCAACCAAACGAAUCCCCAAUAAUACCAUCAUCGCCCUUGAACAACAACAGCGAGGCUACUGGCAAGAAGUGGUUCGGGUGCGACGGGAUCGCAAGGGAAAGGUCAAGCACGAGGACCCCGGAUUGGUGGUCAAUAGAUUUCAAGAGCAACGAAGAUCCGAUGGAGAAGGCUUGUUGGCACUCCACUCGUAUAAUGACAAACACGAAAAGGCAUGGAUGAAGCGCAAGCGAUUGCAAGAAAAGCGACGAUAUGAUUUCGACAAGAAACACGUUAUGGAUUUGGCCAAGUACAUUCAAUUUGUGCAAGAUAACAAAGGAAAAUAG